AUGACGGAAGAGUUUGAUGACAGUCUAUGGAAAUUGACACAAUUCGUGAAGCGCUGGUGGGAAGACGAUUAUAAAAAGGAAUCGCAGUCAACCAGCAAUGAAAGAUGGAAUGGGCGUGGUCCAGAGCACAACAUGGCUUUGCAACAAAUACUCAAACUGCAAGAAGCCAGAGCGCUCCACAAGACUUCUCUCCUCCCGAUCUACAAGAAGAACGGUAUGCCGACGCCCGCGGUUUCUAACCACGAUUACGAACAGCACAAACACGAGAAAUACCAAGAGCAGCAGGUCUUAGAGCAGUUGAAACUCGAGGAGGAAUUCCGAAGACUUAUGGACAGAUCGGUCAGCGAUGGCCGCGGCGAUGAGUCUUUGAAAUAUUUCCAGCAUAUGAUGGAAGCGAGGCAACACUUCGAGUAUCUAAAGAAUAUUAGAGAGAGAGACGCGAAGAGCGCCUAUUCGGCGGAAGACAAUAUAGAAGCUAGGAAGGAGUCGUCUACGCCAUGCGAGAGCAAAUUUUCACCGAUCCACAAACAUUCACCUCCAAGGACAUCGUCAGCCGAAGUCUCGCCCAAUCACAGUGUUCGUCUGUCUACCUCAUCAAGUCCACUUUCCGCGACUAGUCCUAUCAACUCGUCACCACUUAGUCAUCUACAGAACAUGCAGCCAUUCGACUUUCGUAAGCAUAAGUUAAGUGAAAGCACUGCUAAGGAAGAGCCCGUCAAAAACAGCUAUGGUAUAAACAAUGCGGAGAAGGCCGCCAUAGAACUGAUGAGGAGCCAGCUAUUCAACUUUCAGCUGCCUCCGAGUCUACCCAUUCCACCGAUGACCAUGCCAUCAUCGUUCUCGCACCCCGCCGCUAUGGUCGCAGCUUUGAGUCAAAAUCCUAUGGGACUCGCGUCAUUACAAGCGCUCCUACCUCAGAUGUCGUCGAAAGUUGCCGAAUCUGCCGAUACUAAAAUGAGCAAUGGUCUAGGAAAUAGUAGAACAAGUGAAAGAAUGGAAGAAGAAAACGUUCUUAAUCUAAGCAAAGAUUCUUACGUAGAAACAACGCAUAAAUCAAGAGAUUUAAUGAUAGGUAAAUGUCUGAGCCCACCGAAAAGACAUUGGGGUGCCUCUCAAAUGCCCCUAAAUUUGGGAACGCACUUUAUAAAUCCUGCUACGGGUAAGAAAAGAGUACAAUGCAAUGUGUGCCUCAAGACGUUUUGUGAUAAAGGAGCUCUAAAGAUUCAUUUCUCAGCUGUCCACUUGAGAGAAAUGCACAAAUGUACAGUCGAAGGAUGUAGCAUGAUGUUCAGCUCGAGACGAUCAAGAAACAGGCAUAGCGCUAAUCCCAAUCCUAAAUUACAUUCACCUCAUUUGCGACGGAAAAUAUCUCCGCACGACGGCAGAAGUGCACAAGCUCACUCCGUACUCAUCUCACAGCACGGCUCUGCUUUAAAUAUACCACCUGUUAUAAACCCAAUGCACGCAUUUGGAUCUUAUCCAAUUAUCAAUCCGGCGCAAAGUAUUCGUCCCUAUCCUAGUAAUGUUGGAUUAGAUUAUAAGAAUAAUAUCAACUUCUCACCUCAUUAUGACCAAUCACAUCUUAUACGUCGGGAAUCUAAUUCGGAGGACAACAAGGACCAGGAUGGUCAAGGUGAGUCUGACGAAGAUGACGGUAUUGUUGUCGUCGCAGGGGAUGAAGAUGAUGAUGAUAAUGAACAUAUGGACACAAGUGAUUACUACUCUAAUUUAAAUAAAUCUAUAGGCUCAUUAGAAGAUUCAGAGACCGAUUUUGACCAACGCAGUGUGAGCGAUAAUAAUGAUGCAAGGAAAGAUGGCGCAAUCAGUCCGGAAGUUAUGAAGAGAAAGCGUAAAAACUUAAAUCCCAUUCGACUACAAAGCAAUCAUUACAUUGAAAGCCAAGAAAAGAAUGAUAAAAAUGAAGACUGUCAAACCGAUAUCAUUGACGACACCUUAAUAGACCCUAAAAGAGUAAAGUGUGAAGAUAAAAACGACAAUUGUACAAUAACAAAUGAGAAUUCUGAGCCGGCAAAGGUAAAAGAAGAAGUCUCGCAGAUCAAAGAAGAACCUUCAGAUGUAGAUUAUAAUGCACAAGACCUAAGAAUAAAAGAGGAACCCCAAGAAAAGGAAGACUACUGUAAAACCGUUGAAAAAUCGCAAUCAAACCUCGAGCAAUAUUCAUCUGAAAACGCAUUGAAAAGAUUGGAGAGUUUAUCGAAGGGUGACUUCCCAAAUAUGUCGAAAAAAGUUGAACCGCACCCAUUGGGCCCGUACAAUUUAUCCAUGCAUGACACGAUUGACUUUUCCGACAGAUCUCCCGCCUCGUCGGUAUCAAGUUACGAUUACGUCACAGACGAUAGCCAGGGGCAAAUCCAUGGACACUUCGAAAAUGGUUUCUUCAUCGUUAUUUCAGACGUACCGACUGAUCAAGAGAAUCCACUGAAGUGCACCGUUUGCGACAAGCUAUUCCAAAAUAUGUUUAUACUGAAGACCCAUUACCAAAACUCGCAUUUAAAGGUGAUGUUUAAAUGUAGCAACGAUGGGUGCAGGGCGUCCUUUUCGACGAAGCAACGCAGGGAUCUGCACAGCUGCAAUAUCGACCUGCACAGAAAGAUAUUCUCGAUAUGCGGUAGAGCGUCGGAAGAGUCGCCGGCCAAAACUUUGGAGAGCGCGCGCGAGCAAAUGGAGCUGAUAGCGAAGUUGAACGACGACGAACGCGUCACCCCGUACAUAGAAUCGCACAAGUACUACCAGGCACGCGAUUCCGAGAAGCUGAAUCAUUUGGGUCAGCAGAUGCCCUUUGGGGCGCCGUACCCGCCUCUGCAGCUGCCCGAGGCGUAUUUGAACGGCCGCGACAUGUUCAACCAGCAGCCGUUCCUGUUCACCCCGUUCGGCAUGCUGCCCAACUUCCCGCUGCCGUUCGGCUUCCUACCGCCGAACCUCGGCCCCUUCGGCUGCCGGGGCCAGAACUACUCGCCCUUGCCGCCGAAAUUGAACUACUGCGUCGAGGACGAGGCCCCGAGGCCCAACAAGGACGGCCUGUACCCCUGCCGAGGCUGCAGGGAGCAUUUCAAGGAUCUGAUGGGUUUGAAGCUCCAUUGCGAGGGCGUCCACGCGCAGUCUCUGCACAGGUGCUCUGUGAGCGGCUGCAACGCGGCAUUCUUCUCCAGGACGAAGAGGAACCUCCACUCCGAAGCGCACGCCGGUUCCAGGCGUCAGAACGGCCGGAGUCACCAUCUGGUGAAUUCGACG